CGUCACAACAUUAUCCGGGACUGCUCACAAAUCGUCCCAUCGGAACCAAAGUAGUACAGCCGCGGAGAUGUCGCCUUUGUGGCUAUCGGCGUUGCUAACAAUUGGAGCAUUGCACGUGACACAAGUUUCCGGUCAUAUGUGUAGUAAAGACAAUGACAAGGAUUGUCCUGAUAAGUCUACAUAUUGUGUUGUAUGUCCGGAUGACUGUGAGUGUAAAGGAGGCAUGGGUAAAACAGCGGAACUAGGCUGUUAUAACUGUAAGCCGAGCUGUGAACUUGUGCCGGGAUUCGCUUGGCCAUUUAUUAUGAUUGGUUUGCUUGGGCUGCUAUUUGGUUCUAUUGUCGUCUUCUGCUGCGUUCUUGUUCGAACGGUCACCGCAUGCUUCUGAGACGUCGAUUGUUUAUUGUGACUUUUUGCCACCAGAUUGACACUCUGAGUGUUAGAAAUCAAGCCUUAGAUGUUAUGAAUAUUGCUGCACAUUAAAGAUUGUAGGUUACAAUACAAUUAGAUUGGAUUUGUA